AUGGAAGAGUUCAUUGUUCAAACCGAUCAGGUUAAAUCAAUACUCAAAGCAUCAAAUAUUUCGACUAAUUCAAUUUUUAUUCAGCAAGAACCAUUUCUGUAUAAGCUCCGUAAAGAAGAUAAAGAUUAUAAAUAUGUUUCGGAACUAUUUUUAUCAUCUUGGAAACAUUUGGAUAAGCCUGUUCCUACGAUUGUUUCAAUAUGGAAAAUAUAUUGUGCAAAGGAUUUAAUUACUCGAUACGAGCUUUAUCGAAAGGAUGUAGGAAAUGAGUGGAUCUAUUUUUCUACAACCUCAUCAAAAUGUGAUAACUUUAAUGCCAAUUUGUUAGAAAACCGUAAUGGCGUAAAUUAUAAAGUAAUAUUAUUGAAUAAUGUGGUUUUAGGUAGAAUUUAUAAACCUUUAGAAAAUGAUUUUUCACUUACAAGUCCUCCACCUGGGUAUGAUAGCGUAUGUGGAGAUCCUAAUAUCGUUAAAAAUUUAAAAGAUCUAAAGCAUAAUGAAAUUAUUGUGUAUAAAGAAGAGGCAUCAAUUCCACAAUUUCUUAUAGUUUAUCAAACCAAGGCCAAUUAA